CGCCAGUCGUUGCUUCACCCGCGUCCCCUUGUAUACACGACUCCCGCGGCUGCCGAAAUUACCCGUGUUUGUUCGCUUUUGAAGCGGCAUCUCUUUCCGAGACGAGGCGACGACUGUUGUCCCUGUUCCAUCUUUCCCCUUGGCUGGUCCCGAACCUAGCCAUUAUUGGUGGAGGCUUCAGGGCCGGCUCCAACUCUAAGACAUCCAUUUGGCUAGUCCCUACGGGGCGGUGGCGAUGGGGAAGUCAACUGGAACUGACGAAGCAGCGCCUUUUAUCGUUACUACUCCAGCGAGCCAGUCUUUCGAAGGAAAGCGCAACGUGAUCCGCAGACAUGUCAUGCGUGGCAAGAAUCGCAAGAAGCCGCCAUCCAGGCCCCCGUCAUGGAUGAAUAGCAGUAAACCACGCAACACAGACAAUGUAGACAAAGAGAAGCGUGUCUCCAUUCCGCCUAAAGUCGGGAAUGACUUCUCCUUGGCCGCGUUCUCUGCCGAAAUAGGUCCAGGCAUGCUCGAAGACAUCUGGAAACUUAAACACGCAAUGGUCCCGGCCGAGUUUGGCUUAGUAUCGAACCAGACCGAGUCGUCGUUUUUUGAACCCGUCUUGAACGACACAGCCUGUCUUCACUUCACUCUCUUCACAACCAAAGUGUACAUGGAUUCUCUCGACGGCAAAAAGGAAAUUAGCAAGAUUGCGCUCGUUCAUUUGGUCAACGCGCUCGCUAUCCUCCAGCAACGCCUAGCCGGUAGCGAUAAGGAGCAGACAAUUUCCGACUCGACUAUCUUAGUCGUCGUUGGCCUUACCAUGACAGCUACCGCCCUUGGCGAUCUGGAGGCUGCCCAGAACCAUCUACGAGGCCUCUUUAAAAUGGUCAUGCUAAGAGGGGGUAUUUCAGCCUUCAAAGAGAAUAGAAGCUUACAACCCAAGAUUUUCCGUGCUGAUAUCGGAGUGGCUCUCGCAACAGGAUGCAAACCAUUGUUCUUUUCCGGUUGCGUCUCGUGGGAUUCAUAUAUUCCCUCCAAAGGAAAAUUAUCUCAUUUACAGCCCAAAGAUUCAGAUCCAGAUCCCGAAAUACCCACCUCGGAUAUUGGGCAUUUUCUAUAUAGCCUAGAUGCUCGACUUCGCUCAGCAUGGGAUGACCUCGCCGAAUUUUCCCGAGCCGCCAAUAUUGCAACGCAAUGUAAACUUCGUAUCGACACGGAGCUCUACCAAGAAGUCAUGGUUUCGAUCCAUUACCGUCUCGCCAACCUUCGAUUCGACGCAGGCAGUAUCGAUGAGACUAUACGCCUCACACUGCUGUCAUUUUCCAGUACCCUUUUUCUUCAAUGGCGCGGUACUAGAACCCGUUUCGAGUUUCUCUCACAAAAUAUGAAAACUAGCGUGUCUCUGCUUAAGGAUAAUGAUGGCAAUACACCGGCCCCGCUUAUGCUCUGGAUAUACAUUGUUGGCGCUGUUUCUGUCUUUGAUGAGCAGGAACAAGCUGCGUUCCAACCUGACUUGAUUGAGGUGCUUCGAGUUAUGAAGUUGAAGUCGUGGAAUCAGGUCACCUCAUCGUUAAAAUCUGUUAUCUGGGUGGAUGUGCUACAUGACUCCCUAGCAAAGCAGAUUGUUUUAGCUGCGUUACCUGAAGCGGAAUGAAAUGGCAAAUAGAAUUUGAUGUCAAUAAUAGCCUUGUAUUUCAGCCUCCAUCGAGUGAAUUUAAAUCGCUUGCAGAAUGGUAAUUGACG